ACUUUUCUUGUUCAUUGCAGUUUUUUCUCUACACGAACGUGCUGUAUGUAGUAAAUAGAGAAUCGUGUGCAUGUAUAUAGUGUGAAAUCUUCUUUGCUCGUCCGAAAUCCAUAAAGACAAAUUUAAAAUGUCUAUGAACGAGUCAUUGCAGCGCCAGUUGGAUGAGUGCAGUCUAGUUUUUUUAAACGCUGGAGGUGACAUACAUGUUAAUAUUAAAACUGCAUUCCCUAUUUUCAUCAAAAAUCUGGGCGACUGCUUGAGGAGCAAUGUGAAGCGAUGCAAGGAGAGAAACCUGGAAGAAGCUUCCCAGCUGCUCAGGAGAAUAUCGAAGAAUCUGCUGGAGUCCCUAGAAAUAAAGUACAUGCUGCCUCUAAUACAGUUAAUCAUCUCCAUGCAGCUGGAAACUCUGCAGGUCUCCACAGUCUUCCGGAAACUGGACCAGAUGAUGCAACAUUUCUCAGAGAUCAACCUUUCUCUCGUUUUCGAAGAGGUACAAAAGUGUUUGAAUUCUGUAAUGGAUUCGGAUCAGAUGUUGGAGGCGAUGGGACUUCAAACAGUUUGCAUGUUCCUGGAGGACAGCACAAUGGGCCGGGAAGUUCUGAGACAGGCUUUCCCCUCUUUGCUCCACAAAGUGGACCAGGCAUUUUCCAGCAUCAUGGAGCAGGAGGUCUUAAGAAAUGGAGACGCAUGUUAUAAUGCCGUCAAGGUGUGUCUGCAGAUGUUCCAGCUGUUGCCUGAAGAGGUAACCCCUCUGGUGUGGAAGGAUGGGGGCGCUGUCUCACCUCUGCCAGACAUUUUGAAGUACUUGAUGGAUAUUAUCCUAGGAGAGAGCUCCAGCAGGGACACCCGCUUUCUGGCUGGCACGGCCAUGGUCAUGCUGAGCAACACCUCCCCGACGGCUGAGGGCGGAACCACAGCUGCGUGGAACAUGCUAGAGGUCACAUGCCAAGAGCCCCGAGAACUGCGUGUUGGGGAGCUGAGGGUGCAGUGCAGGCCGCGGCAGGAUUGUAUGGGGAGGCUGGCAGUGAGCAGAGGGCUGCUGUCAUGCUGCCGCAAGGACGUGCUGCUCUGUGGCGGGGGCGGCAAAGAGAGAUGUCUGCUUCUGGAGGGGCUGUUCCCAAUUGUUUCAGCUUUAUGUGAGAAGAGCUUUGACUGUCACUACUACGUCUUUCAAGUGCUUGUACUGUGGCUGAGGCAAGUGAAGGAGUGCCUCAUGGAGUUAUGGGACUUGAAGAGCGCCCCCUUGCUGCCGGAGGACUCCAUUCUGUGUCGACAGCUUGUCCAGGUCGUUUGGAACAUCGCAGAAAGCCCUGUGGAAGGUGUGUCGGAGUCCGUGCACUGCUCCUUCCGCCUCCUGCUGGAGAUUCUCGACCUGGAGCGGCGUCGCUUCCCAGAGAUGGAGAUUUCUCUGUACUCUUCCCUGCUGAGCUAUGUGGCUGCCCUGUCCUGGGAGGCAAAGGCCAAGUACUUCCCCCUUUGUGCACUCCUGCCGUAUGUCGGCAGCGGCGUGGUGUUUGAACGCUUCCCAGAUCUUCCCCGGGAUCUCCUGAAGUGCCUCUCCACCAAUCACCUGUCUCCGUGUGCCUCAGAGACCUACAAGUCGCUGAUCCAGCAGCAGAGGCGGGAAUUUUGUGCAGCUGUGGCUCCUGGGCCCUCCCCUUCAGAGCUGGAACUGGCAGAGAUGUGGGCCCAGAGGUGGCGUCCUGCCCUUCUGGAGGCCUUGACCUCAGACAUGAUGCUUCUCCAGAGCAAUGCCUCCAGUCACCUCCUGCCAUGGACCCUGCGCACCUUCCCGGGAGCCUUUGAGAUCCUCCAAGCUUCGCUUUCAGGUGCCAGCACUGGUCACCUUCGUGCCUGGGCCUGCCUCGUGGGCACCUGGCGGGUGAUGGGCGGAUCCUGGUCCCUUGAGGAAGGCCUGUCCCAGGAGACCGUUCAGCUGGCUCUGGGCUCUCUGGAUGAAAGUGUCCGUCUGGCUGCACUCGGCCUUCUGUGUGGGGGCCCCAGGAUCCGACACCCCCCUUCGCCAUUGGAGCUCGCUACCCUCAAGCAGUUCAUCCCUCUCAACCUGAACAGUGAGUCGUCCCCCUUCCGCCAGCAGCUCCAAGCCAUGGUGAAGAAGCUCCUGGUUCGUAUCCGGGAUGGCUGCCUGGCGUGCCUCCGGAAGGAGAGGAAAGGAUGUGGCAGAGACAAUGGUCAGGAGAACGAGAUGGACUCCCUGCUGGAGCAAGGAGUAGACCUGGUAGACUGGCUGGCCCGCCUCGCCUUCACAUCCGUGGCACCGGGCCUCAGUUACCAGAGGAAGAAGACUGCCUUGCUGUUCCUCUCUGCAGUCCUGGAGACCUGCACAGACACCUGGAGCCCAGACAAAAAGAAGGGCCAGCCUCCAGCUAAUAUGUCAGCCUUGAUCACCUGGGCCAGAUGCAGAAGACUGUGGGACUUCUUCUCUAUGUCCAACCUUCUGGUUCUCAUUACCUGCUUGGAGGAUUCCACCAAUGAGCCCCAGGGUGCUGUAGAAGGUUGCUGCUGUGGUUUAACCAGGUUUUGUGCCACCCUCUUGACCAGCUGUGACACUGAGCUGCAGGUGAUCCCAGGCCUCCUACUGGAGCAGGUGCUAACGGUGCUUCAGGGGCGCUGUGCCACCUCUGUGACCAGGCGGGCGGCAGGGCUGCCCAUGCUGGUGCUGUGCAUCCUGUCAGCAGAGGAGGCGGGCAAGGCCAGGCCCAUGCUGGCCCACACCAUGCGGGUUCUGCUGGAGACGGCUGGUCGGCCUGUGUCUGACAACUGGAACCAGACACUAGACCUUCCACAGGUUGGCGCAGUUCACACUCUGCAGGCACUGGUGCGUGGUUCUGGGUUGGGUGUGGCCAUGCUCCAGUUCGCUUCCCCCGUUGCCAUCCUGUCCCUGACACUCCUGAGCUCCCCCUGCUGGGCGAUGAGGAAUGCUGCAUUACAGCUUUACAAUGCCUUAUGCUCACGCAUGUUGGGCCAACGGCCAGGCAGUGAUGAUGGAUUGGUGCAUCAUGGGAUGUCUCCCUCAGCCUUCUUCACCCACUACCCCGCCUUACAGCCCUUCCUCUUGGGCGAGUUGCGGGGGGCAGCCAGUGAGCUCCUGGGGGCCUCUGGGGAAGCCCGACUUCGCCUGCACCCCUCCUUGUUCCCUGUCCUAACCCUCCUGGCCAAGCUGCAGCCGGGAGCCCAGGAUCGCACACAGAGUCUGUCAGACUUCCAGAUGCCCCUGCUACAGCUGGCUGGAAGCCCCAUCUACCACGUUAGAGUGGUGGCAUGUAGAGCCUUGGUUGCCGUGACACCACCUGUGGAACACAUGAACAUUAUCCUGGGGUUGGCCAGACAACUGCCUGAUCCCGAGGACCCCUGCUGCCACAACCGCCUGCACGGGCAGCUGCUACAGAUGAGUGCACUUCUGGGGAGGGCUCUGGCUGCAGUCAGUGAGAACAUGAAGGUCCUACAGCAGGUGGUGGAGCUUUUUGAGUCCAAAUGGUGGUUGGUAACCUCAACCCAGAGGUGCCCCCUUAUCCGGUUGACCUACCUGCAGGUUCUGCUCCACCUUAGGAGGUUCUGCUCACCUAGAUUCUUGGAGCAGCUUCAGGCUGAACUUCUCCUGCAGUUGCUUAAUCCCACCCAGGAGCAGCUGGUGGGUUCCGCUUCCUUCCUUCAAAACGCUGCUUGCUUCCUGUGCGAAGAGACUGUGAGACUGGGUGACAUGCGGUGGGUGGCUGAAUUGUGGGAGAACUUUCCAGAAGAGGGUACCGAUGUGCAGCUUGCAUUGAUCAGGUGGAUACUGGAGGAUCAAAGAUGGAGAGGAACCAGCAUGUAUCAAGUCCUGGAGACGGCCCUGCAGGCCAACCUGAAGGCGGCGCUGUUGAGUGGGAAUGUCGAGUACAGAAAGACAUACCUGGCAGCUCUGUUGGUCACGCUGACCCCUACAGACCCCCUCACGCCUCACCGGCUGGCCUCGCCUGAGGGGGCUGAGCUGCUCCUGGAGGUUCUGGAGAGUGGCGCUGGUGGUCCGGAGCUCCUCUCCCAAGCUCUUGCUGCCCUCAGCCUUUUUCUGGACAUCAGCUCUGAGUCGCUGCUGACUGACCGCUGGUGCCAUCAGCUAGAGAAGUACAGGGUCCCGGAGGCCCCUGAAGUCCUGAGGCUGGCGUGUGCUCAGGCCAUGCGGUUAGCUGGCCCCCGUCUCUUAUGUUCCUGCAUGGGGGGAGGCUCUUCCAGUUCAGUACUGAGUGUUAGGUUGAUCAGCACUGGCCUCCACCUUCUGAAUGACGAGGACCAGCGGGUUCGUGCUGAAGCCGCCUGCUUUGCUUCGGCAGUGGGCCGGCUCCGGGCGGCACGGCCUGGGGAGAGCUGCGUCCAGGUGCAGGCCAGCCGGGGGCUGCUGCUGCUCCUCGAUCUGCUGCUGGAGGAGCUGUGGGACGGCCCCGAGACCCUGGAGGCUUUGCUGCUGCACCUGCCGGAGCUGGACCUCGGCGCCACGCUGAGUGACAUGCGGAGCUCUGGGCGUUGCAGUCUGUACGAGCAGGACGAGGCGAAUGUGUUUGCUGAGCCGGUAGCAAUGUCGGAGCUGCUGCUCCCCUAUCUGCUUCGACUGGCUGAUAGAUACCCAGAAUGCUCCUCUCUCCAUGUUUCCAUGGCACUCUGGGUCAGGGAAAACACUGGGCUUGUCUGGGAGAACGUCUCCCUCUGCAAACAAUUCAACCCAGCUGAUUGGGGGUCCUGGCUGCGUCUCCUGGCCGAGCCACGCUUCCACGGGGCCCUGUGUGGCCUCUUCGUCAGGGCCGGCUUCCUGCUGCGUCUCCUGGACACAUGUGAGGAUCUGCGGCCGUUGUGUGACCCCUGUGGCCUCCGUGCGGACUUUCGUAUCGCCCACGGCCUCCUCCGUCGUGGCGGGGUCCUCCUGCCCGCUGGCAUCCCCUUGGCCCUUGGGCUGGAGUGAUCGUCGGAGCAGCCGCUUCCUGCUCUGCCAUUCAGGACUCUGUCCCGCUGCUUGGCAUCUUUGGCUUCCAAAGAGACAGCGUUCGCCUGUAUAAUUACUGCACAAGUCUGAACAGGAAUGGACUUUUUGUACAGAAGAGGCCCUACAGUAUUGCAGCCUUAUUGCUAGUUUUUUAGUGUGACUACGAUGAUGAGCUUAGAGUACUGUGGGAUUUAAACGAUCAGGUUGGCCUAUUUCUUCCCAGACCUGAUUUUUGGAAAGUGCACUUCUUUGUAAUUGCAGCGAUUUUUUUUAAGUGCUCUUUUUAAUUGGAAUAUAUUUAUUUGUUGUUGUUUUUUUUUACCAUUUGAGCUGAGUGUAAUUGUAAUAAAAAAUGAUCUAUUCAUAUCCUUCUUUCAUCCUGAAGGUGAUGCCAAAGUCUGUUCACUGCUGUGCUGCAUUCUUAGUGGACAAAAGAACCUGAACAAAACCCACCAUAGAAAGCAGGGUUGCAUCUGCCUCAGACUGGUUCAGACCGCUUCUCCUGUUCUUGCCUGUCCUGAAGGCUGCUGGGUUGCAGCACUGCCAGUGCCCACUGGGGGGCACUCAGGUGCCGGACCUUCCCCCACCCCUAUGUUCUGAUCAUGUUACACAUUAACCAAGCCUAAUCAGUUUGACAUGGGCGUUGCUGAGGCUCGGGAUGUGAUAUAAUGCCGUCAGCCAGGCGUGCAGACAAGGACUGGCUCUGAUAACCCCAUUAGGCCACUCUUCUUGCACAAAUGUCCAUUUUCAGGCCCUGAUGGGGGCACCACAGGCUGAUUACCACGGGUGUGCCUGGUUGCUGAGCAACAAUGCACAUUAGUGCAAUGGGACACCACAACAGCAGCUCAUCUACCCAUGAAAGAAUAAAGAGCUGCUCUAUUCUGUGUGAUCUGGAUUUCGGUUGUAAUGGGUAAUGUAACUAGUGGUCUUAUAUGGAAAAAAACAUUUAUUCUGUAAUAAAAUGUGUAUAGAACUCCUGA